UUAUAGCUAUCUCCCACAUACAAUCCCGGAAAAUUAUAGCUUUAACUUCAUAAUUUCCUACAAAAAAAUUUUCUUUCAAUAUUUUAUCAACAAAAUUUCAACCUCUUUCCACAAUAUAUUUCUGGGUUUUGCAAAAAAGUCAAAAAGAAAUGGAGCGUUCCAAUGGACAUACCACAAAUGAGAGUUUAUACGUGAACGAUCCUUUGAAUUGGGGUGUUGCGGCAGCAGCGUUAAGCGGGAGCCACCUGGAUGAAGUGAAGAAAAUGGUGGAGGAGUAUCGGAAUCCGGUGGUGAAAUUAGGUGGCUCAACACUAACUAUUGCUCAAGUAGCAGCUGUAGCCACUAGCCAUGCGAACGACGUUCAGGUGGAGUUGUCGGAAUCUGCUCGUGAUGGAGUUACAGCUAGCAGUGAUUGGGUGAUGAACAACAUAUUGAAAGGUGGUGAUACCUAUGGAGUCACCACCGGUUUUGGUGCCACCUCUCAUCGGAGAACCAAGGAAGGUGGUGCUCUUCAACACGAGCUCAUUAGAUUCUUGAACGCCGGUAUCUUUGAUACAGCGGUGGGAUCAUCAGACCACACACUCCCGCAAUCAACCACAAGAGCCGCCAUGUUAGUCAGAAUAAACACCCUCCUCCAAGGCUACUCCGGCAUCCGAUUCGAAAUCUUGGAAGCCAUUACAAAGUUUCUCAACCACAACAUCACCCCAUGCCUACCCCUUCGUGGCUCCAUCACAGCCUCCGGCGACCUUGUGCCACUAUCAUACAUUGCCGGACUCUUGACCGGCCGCCCAAAUUCCAAAGCUAUUGGUCCCACCGGAGAAUUGAUUGAUGCAACCUCCGCCUUCAAUCAUGCCGGUAUCAACACCGGUUUCUUUGACUUACAACCUAAAGAAGGACUUGCAUUAGUCAACGGGACAGCUGUGGGGUCGGGGAUGGCAUCUGUGGUUCUUUUCGAAGCUAAUAUCAUUGCAGUUUUGUCGGAGGUGUUAUCCGCCAUUUUUGCUGAAGUCAUGCAAGGAAAACCCGAGUUUACUGAUCAUCUGACACAUAAACUCAAGCAUCACCCUGGCCAGAUUGAAGCAGCUGCGAUAAUGGAACACAUUUUGGAUGGUAGCUCCUACGUUAAAGAAGCGAAAAGGAUACACGACAUAGACCCACUUCAAAAGCCAAAACAAGAUCGUUAUGCUCUUCGUACUUCACCACAAUGGUUAGGUCCGCUUAUUGAAGUGAUACGUACGUCUACAAAGUCAAUCGAGAGGGAGAUUAAUUCAGUUAAUGAUAACCCAUUGAUUGAUGUGUCAAGAAAUAUUGCACUUCAUGGAGGAAACUUUCAAGGUACCCCGAUAGGUGUUUCGAUGGAUAAUACUCGGUUAGCGAUAGCAUCGAUAGGUAAACUCAUGUUUGCUCAAUUUUCGGAGCUUGUAAAUGAGUUUUACAACAAUGGGUUGCCAUCUAAUCUCUCUGGAGGACGAAAUCCAAGUCUUGAUUAUGGAUUUAAAGGAGCUGAGAUUGCAAUGGCAGCGUAUUGUUCGGAACUACAAUUCCUUGCUAACCCUGUAACCAAUCACGUCCAAAGUGCUGAGCAACAUAAUCAAGAUGUUAACUCACUCGGGUUAAUCUCUUCACGUAAAACAGCUGAAGCUGUUGAGAUUCUGAAAUUGAUGUCGACGACUUACUUGGUGGCAUUAUGCCAAGCAGUUGACUUGAGGCACUUGGAGGAGAACCUCAAGUCGAGUGUAAAGAAUUUGGUUAGCCAAGUUGCGAAAAAGGUCUUAACCACUAGGCCUACUGGUGAGCUUCAUGCAUCUCGAUUUUGUGAAAAAGACAUGCUUACGAUUGUAGAUCGGGAGCAUAUAUUUUCAUACAUUGAUGAUCCGUGUAGUGCAACUUAUCCUCUCAUGCAAAAGCUAAGACAAGUUAUGGUUAGUCAUGCACUUGCAAAUGGUGAAGCGGAAAUGGACUCAAGUACCUCAAUCUUCCAAAAGAUUGGUGCUUUCGAGGAUGAACUCAAAGCCCUUUUGCCAAAAGAAGUUGAAAGCGUUAGGGUUGCUCAUGAAGGUGGAAAAUUGGCGAUUUUUAAUCGAAUUGAGAAAUGUAGAUCGUACCCAUUGUAUAAAUUUGUGAGAAAAGAACUUGGAACUUCUUAUUUGACUGGAGAGAAGACAAUGUCACCUGGAGAGGAGUUUGAUAAGGUGUUCUCCGCGAUAUCGGCUGGAAAAUUGAUUGAUCCAUUGCUUGACUGUUUGAAGAUGUGGGAUGGGACUCCACUUCCUAUUUCAUAAGUAAAUGUUAAGACUUUGAGUUAUUGUUUAUGAAACGACAAUUUUUAAUUUAAAGUUUGUAAUUAGAUAGAAAAAUUGAGUAAAACUGUUGGAUAAUCGAACUGUUGUAUAAAGUUUCUAUUUUGUUUUUCGUUAUAGUUCAUGGG